AUGGCCAGGGCGUGGGGUCCAGAUUAUGGCAAGAAAGAUCAGAUGCAUAACGGGACGGCGAGCACGUACCUCGCUCUCGAGGACUGUAGCCUUCCGCGGCCGGAGGCUCUGGACCCAGAACCGCUCGACCAAGCGCGUACCAAACAGCGGCGGAAGCAGCUCACACAGGAGACCGUUCGAGACCGCUUACACUUCCAACAGCUAUCCGACAUCUUCUCCCUUCAUAUCCUUAACUUCCUCAUCGAAAAGAGGGAAGAAUCAGCCCAGCACUCCGAGCUCGUAACGCUCAGGCUGCAUGACCUCAACACAUACUUCCAAGAUCAUGAAACCGAUUUCGACAAACUGUUGAAACACGCAAAGGUUAUCUGCGAGAAGUACGCUACAACGACGAGGUACCAGAUCGCGCUGGCAGGUGGUAAACAAACGGAAGAAUUUUUCAACAUGGGCAGUCCGUGGACGGAAUCAGCGUCGAAGCGCAAGAUGCCGGUAGGAUGGAAGGAUGUCGGCGAUGCUGAACAUGCGAAUGUCUUUCUCCGAAGUCGUGACUCGCUUCUUCAUUACGAGUUCCAGUCGGCUAUCGCAGACGGCGAUAUUGGUUGGGCUAUGUAUGUGAUGUCGGUCUGGACGUUUACGUUCCUAGGUUCAAAUAAGCACAAGUAUGUGGAUGAGCUGCUGGCACUUACCUUCAAUUUCGAGUUCGAAUACUCAGCCGAACUGCAGGAAGUAACCUUGACCAACUGGCUAUGCAAUCUCACGAGGUUUCUGGGCGGUUGGUUUCCUCUGGACCUCCUACAAGGGAAGAACAUCAAACAGCUGAAGGUGUCACAGAAAAAGGGCACAGUGUACGGUGCGAAGUUCUUCAGACGCAUCGUGUCCAUCAAUGUUCGCGCGUUGAUUCAGUCCCAGAAUUCACUAAGGAAGACGGUUCGAUUGGGGAAGAGAAAGAAAACUUACAAGCGAACCAAGAAGGCGAACGUUAUGCGCGAGCUCAUCCCCGAAAUGUGGAAGCAGGGGCUGCACAGUUACGCUAAGCUGGCUACGGGUACCAAAAUUCGUGAGUUCCUUGCACGCACCUUGACCGAGACGGCGAAUCUUCACGGCACGGAUGAGAUACAGAUGGUGGAGCGGGAUUGA